AUGUUUUCCUAUGCUAUUAUGAACGAGAACUGGAUGAUCCUGAGCUCGGUGAUGCUGCAGCCUGAGUGUGAUAGGUCCUUUUAUACCAUGUAUGAGGGUCUGUCGCAACGCUACACUGCAGCAGGAGUGCAGAAGGCAAACUUCCAGUGGGUUGACAGGGACUGCUGUGCUGCCUUUAAGGUCCUGCAACCUGGGGCUCAGGAUCACAUCUCAUGGGACUGCUGGAGGACGUCAGAGGCCAUCGUGGCACAAGCAACCUCUGGAAACCUGGCAAACAACAGUGCCUCAAGACUCAAGUUUAACCAAGACAUCGCCAUCAAGUUAGACUUGUUUCACUGCAUGUGGUGGUUUACCAGAGAGUGUGUGUCAGAACACCAUCCACUUUAUAGUUCCUUUUGCCAGUUCCUCUUUGCAGCGUUCGUUGUGGUGGACCAGAGUGACCUCAGGAGGCUCCAGGAGGCAUACACGUUCUGCAGAAUCUCUCCUGCUGAUCCCACCAAGCAGCACAUCAGAGAGCACUGUAGAACGAAGGUGCCACAGCCCAGAGAACUGCUGCAGAGGAUAGAAGAUGUGUUACAUCAUUUCUACCUGGCAAAGGACAGCAAGGAUGUGCCCCUCUUCAAGGCCUCCAUGUUGAGGGUGUGGAGGAUCCAACGCAUCUACAUCCUGAGAGGCUGCCUGAGCAACCCUGAGGUGACGGAGGGAAUCCUAUACAGGUAUGGUGGCACCUUGCAGCUCAAUUACACCAAGGGCACAGGAGCUGCUGUACCUAUUUGGAUUCCCCUGAGAGGCACAUCUCAGCAGGAGGGCUUCCACCUUCACCAAAAAAAGUGGGUGACAGGGAACCGGGUUUCCUGUGAGCUCUUCCAGGCCCAGGCCUUGACUGGAGUGGUGAGGUGGAACUUUCAGAGGCUGGUGGUCCUGAUGCAGCCUGGUGUGGAGCUGCCAGCUGUGUUUGACCCCUGUUGA